AUGAGGAUCAAUGUGGUUCUGGCGUGGGCACUAGCUGCCAUUGGUGCGGCGCCCGCCAUGGCAAAAGGCGUGUUCAAGCUAGAUUUCGAGGUACACAACGGUAACUCCAGAGACGACUUUGGGCCCGGCAGAAAACCCACCUUUGUCAAGCGAGAUGGCUCCUCCGAGAUGGAGCUUCACAACGAGCGGUCUUUUUAUAGAGCUGACAUCAAAAUCGGCUCUCUGGGCGACAAGGUUGGUGUGUUGGUUGACACGGGCUCCUCCGACCUCUGGGUGAUGCCUCCAGACGUUGUGUGUGGUGUGACGCCAACAGGCUACAGUAAGCGUGGGUAUGAGCUUUCUGGCGUCGAGAAGCGUGGAAUUCCCGACGAUGACGACGUGAGUCUCACCAAGAGAAAGAACAUUGCCGAUCUCAGUGCGUUGGAAGACGCCAUCAAGGCCCAUGAUGACGUUGAGGAUGUGCACAACAAGGAAUUGGAGGCUGUUGAGCCCUCAAAGGUUACUGACUCUCCCACAGCUUCAGUCCACAACAAAGAUUGUAAUGGUCUCUUCUGCUUCUCGACAAUUUGGCUCACAGGCACUGCUGUGCCUUCCGGCGGGAGCGGUGGAGGAGGCGGCAGACCCUCAGGUCCUGACGCUUCGCGUACAACAAACACUUGCACUGAUUAUGGUUCUUACGAGACGGGCAACUCUAACUCGUGGUCCAAAAACGAUUCUGCACCGGCUUUUUACAUCCAGUACGCUGAUGGCACGUCUGCCACUGGAGUUUGGGGCCAGGAUACCAUUACGUUUGGCGACACCAAUGUCACCGACUUGAGUUUUGCAGUGGUGAACCACUCGGACUCGGCUUUUGGUGUGUUGGGUAUUGGUCUUCCAGGCUUAGAGUCCACUUACUCGUCUGCUUACGAAAACACUCCGUACAUGUAUGAGAACUUGCCCAUCAGGUUGCUUAGGCAGGGCAUAAUCAACAAAAACGCCUACUCGCUCUAUUUGAAUUCUGCACAAGCAAGCACUGGCUCUCUUUUGUUUGGCGCUGUUGACAAGGCCAAGUACCUGGGACAGCUUCAGACGGUGCCAAUCGUCAACAUUAAUAAGGGCGUCUACAAAAACCCCAUUCGUUUGGAUAUCACCAUGAGCGGCCUUUCGUUCGAGAGCUCGGGUCAGAACGAAUCCAUCUCGUCCACUAGCUACCCAGCGUUGUUGGACUCUGGUACGACGCUUACAUACUUUCCAAAGAGUCUUCUUGAGAGAGUUGCCUCGUUAUUGUCUGCGUCUUACGAGUCGUCUUUUGGCAUGUAUCGCUUGAGCUGCAACUUCAACACCGACAAUGCUUACAUUGUGUUCAACUUCAGCGGCGUCCGCAUCAGGGUGCCUCUCUCUGAGUUGAUCGUCACUUCUCGAAGCUACUGUUUCUUAGGUAUCAUGCCGCAGGCGUCCAACAACAGAGGUACUUCCUACGCUGUGUUGGGUGGUAACUUCCUUCGGAGUGCAUACGUUGUGUAUGACUUGGACGACUAUACUAUCAGUUUGGCGCAAGCCAAUCACUCGAACGAGGAGGACAUCGAGAUCAUCCAAAACCUGAUCCCCGAUGCGGUUAGUGCACUGGGCGCCAGUGCCACUCCGUCGUUUGGCGGCUCUUCCGAACCAGAGUCAGACUCCUCGGUGACUGCUGUAAGCACUUCGAACGUGAAAAACUCGAGCGCUUCAACAUCGCGCGCGUCGUGGCUCAUGAUGGUGUUGGUGAGUGUGCUUGGACUUUUUAGUGUGCUUUAG